GGAAGUUUACAUACGUAUUUUCUCUACAAGAAUUUUUCAGUAAUUUUUAUAAAAGUAAAUAGUUGUAUUUUCAAAUCAGGAAAGUUAUUGUUCGAUGUAAAAUGAUCAAAACGAUUAAUAACAUCGAGGAUUUGGAUGAUAUAAGCAUGACAGCCCAAGAGCUACACGUUCUUUCUGAGUUGGAUAGCCGCCAGUAUGGUUACUUAUUAUUAAAUAAACCGGAAAACGCCAAGAAGAAAGAGUUAGUUCAAAAGGCUGUUAAGUGCUUACAGCUCAUGGUUAUUCAAGCUAAGAAAGAGCAGAAGUUGAAUGAACAUGAAGAAACCAAACAAAUCAGUAUUGACCCAAAGACAUGGGUCAAAUUGGGGCACUUCCAUUUACUUUUGGAAGAGUACCGUGAAGCCUUAUCAGCAUAUCAGAUGUUUUACAAAACACAAGCCGAAAACCACUGGCAAAAUAUCAAUUUUUUAUAUGGGAUUGGACUAGUAUAUUUUCACUACAAGGCAUAUCAGUGGGCUGUAAAAGCGUUCCAACAACUUCUUUAUGUAUCUCCCAGCUUCCAAAGGGCGAAUGAAGUACAUCUCAGGCUGGGUUUGAUGUUCAAAGUGACUCAGGAGUAUGAGCUAGCCCACAAACACUUCCAGUUAGCCUUAAUUGACGCCAACCCUUGUUCAACCCCUAAGAAUAUCAUAAAAUUCCACAUAGCUCAUUUAUUCGAAAUCCAAGGAAAAGUACGGGUGGCUAAAGAACGGUACGAGCUCCUGCUCAGAGACAAAUCGAUAACAUCCAACCUAAAAUCGGAGAUUUUUCGUCAGCUCGGCUGGCUCUACCACAGCCAUGAAUCCCUGGGCGAGAAGAGCCAGCGCAUCCCACUAGCGAUCCACUGUCUGCAGAAGGCGAACGAGACAGAACCAUAUUCCAACGGGCAAACUCUGUAUCUGUUGGGCAGAUGUUACGCUAGCAUCGGCAAGGUGCACGAUGCAUUCAUCGCCUACAGGAACUCCGUGGAGAAGUCCGAAGGCAAUGCUGACACUUGGUGCAGCAUAGGGGUCCUCUACCAGCAACAGAACCAGCCUAUGGAUGCGCUGCAGGCUUACAUUUGCGCCGUGCAGUUGGAUAAAUGUCAUUCGGCCGCCUGGGCCAACUUGGGAAUCUUGUACGAGAACUCUUUGCAGGCCAGGGACGCUUACGCUUGCUAUCUGAACUCUCAGGCCGGUCUCAAAACCAAAGGCAUACAGGAGGACAAUUCCAGUAAAAUACCGAAGCUUGGAUCGAGCUCCGUGGGAAUGAACCCACACCUCACUCAAAGAAUCAAUUUUCUCCAAGACCGUCUAGCAAACGCACAAAUGCCUAGCGUUACCUCGCAAAGAAGGCAACUGUUGUCUAUAGAAGAGGCGUGGAAUCUUCCGAUCUCGGCUGAAAUGUCUUCUAGGCAACAGCAGCACACUCAGCAACCCCGUUCCGCAAGCCAAAGUUUCCAAAAGCCUUACGGACAAUCGACCCCUCAAGGUCCACCGCCACCCUAUCCCAGUCCUGUUCCAGGGAAACGUUUCAAAGCUGAACAAGAGCAGAAAGUGAUUCAGCCCAGUUACAUGCUUUCCCAGCAACAAAUCCACCUGCUUAAUCAUCUGAAAUCGAACGCGCUCACUUUAACCGUGCAACAGCAAAACCUGAUGCGGCAGCUGCAAAACCAAUACAGUUUGAUGCAGCAGCACCUGAGGAAUAGCCAGAACCAAAACAGGACCCCUACACCCCCUGGCGGCGCUUUGGGACCGCCAAUUCCGUACCUGGUCAACCAGGGAUCGCCACUGGGCACGAAUAAAGGGUUUCCGAGCGUUUCCAGUCAGCUAAAUGUCAGUUCUUCGUCGUUUAUGUCGAGUCAGCACCAGGACUUGGACGUGGAAGAAGAACUGAAAGAUCUGCUCUCGCAAAAAGAUCUUGCCACUACUUUGGCUGAGAAUUUGCUGAAACAUUUCGGUUCGGAGGAGAUUGAAACGAAAGAAGAAGCCGAUUCGACCACUUCGACUACUACAUCUGCUGCAGAACCGGUGGUCCAAGUUUCGUCCAACACGCUGUCAUCCGGGCCUUUUUCGCCAUCCAACAUCGAGUCGAAAAGCGAAAUAAACGAGUCCAAGAAAAUGCGAAUCAAAUCGCCAACCGAAGAGAGCGUUUUGACAGUCAAAUCAGAGCCUGCUUCCUGGGAUUUCGAGGCUUUGCACUGCUCAGAGAAGAAGUCCACGGUCGACUACAGCAUCGACAUGAACGCAGAAACAGUCUUGGAAUUGUGCAAAGGUGAAACUAUUACUGGAGACAUAAACGACUCAGUGUUACUGGAUAUAGGUCCUCCACCCUCACCUCCCGACCCUCCUGCAACCAAGCUAAGUCACCAGCAACUCAUACCACCCACACCUUCAGUCUACCUUGAUAACAAAAAGCACGCGUUCAGUCCCCAGUUGCAAGAGUUUUGUCUGAAACACCCUAUAGCCGUGGUGAGAGGUUUGGCAUCGGCUCUCAAGCUAGAUUUAGGAUUGUUUUCUACAAAAACACUGGUUGAAGCUAAUCCUGACCAUAGCGUGGAGGUGCGUACGCAAAUACAACAACCUUCUGACGAAAAUUACGAUCCGCAAACGGGCAAGAAGGUCUGGGCGUGUAUCUCGCAUAGAUCUCACACCACCAUUGCGAGAUACGCCCAGUACCAAGCUUCCAGCUUUAAGGAAAGUCUAAAAGAGGAAAGGGAGAAGUCGCAAGGAGGAUUGUCCGAUUCAGACUCGAGAGAUUCGUCCCACCCCUGUACCGGCAAAAGACGCAAAAUGAACUUCUCUGUAACGCCCUCUUCUCUCAUCAAAAAUAGCAAAGAACACAAAACGCUGAAGUUUGGAACAAAUGUUGAUCUCUCAGAUGAAAGAAAAUGGCGUCCGCAGCUUCAGGAAUUGAUGAAGUUACCGGCGUUUGCAAGGGUGGUGUCAGCGGCUAAUAUGCUGUCGCAUGUGGGCCACGUUAUUUUGGGAAUGAAUACCGUACAGCUUUAUAUGAAGGUUCCAGGAAGUCGAACCCCUGGCCAUCAAGAAAAUAACAAUUUUUGUUCAAUAAACAUCAACAUCGGACCGGGUGAUUGUGAAUGGUUUGCCGUUCCAGACAGUUACUGGGGUGCUAUUUGUAGGUUAUGUGAACAAAAUCAAAUCAAUUACCUCCAUGGAUCCUGGUGGCCAGUUUUGGAUGACCUAUACAAAGCGAAUAUACCUGUCUACCGAUUUUUACAACGACCUGGGGAUUUGGUUUGGGUCAAUGCUGGAUGCGUUCAUUGGGUACAAGCUGUGGGCUGGUGUAAUAACAUUGCCUGGAAUGUGGGCCCGUUAACUGCCAGACAGUAUCAACUUGCCAUAGACAGAUACGAAUGGAACAAGUUACAGAACUUCAAAAGCAUAGUGCCUAUGUUGCAUCUUUCCUGGAAUCUAGCCAGGAAUAUUAAAGUCUCUGAUAGGAAAUUAUUUGAACUUAUUAAGAAUUGUUUGCUUAGGACAUUAUUAAAAUGCUGUAGGAUUCUGGAGUUUGUCAAGAGUAAAGGAGUAGAAGUCAAGUUUCAUGGUAGGGGGAAAAAUGAAGCUUCUCAUUAUUGUGGACAAUGCGAGGUGGAAGUUUUCAAUAUUCUAUUCAUCAGAGAGCAAGAAAAAAGACACGUUGUACACUGUAUGGACUGCGCAAGAAAACAGUCGCUCAAUUUGGAAGGUUUUGUGUGUUUAGAAGAAUACAAUUCGCAGGAGCUUUGCGACGUCUAUAACACGUUCAUCCUGCACAACAUUUCGGCGAAUUCCGAACCGUUUAGGCUUAUUUAAAUUUAAUUUAUUGUAAUAAAAAUACAACUCUCACUGCCACUGGUAACUGAUGUACAACUAUUAUUAAGCGAGCAUUUUUUGCUUGACAUGUAAAAAAAUGAAACAAAAGUGAUAUUCGUUUAAGAGAAGAGCUAUUCUAUAAUUGUAAAUAAUAUUUUGAUAAUUCUCGUUCGAAAUGUAAUCUAUCUUGGGUUUUCAAUUAACCUAAAAUAUAGUGAUCUCAAUUUUAUUAGGUGAAUUUGUAUUGUAGAUAGACACUAAAUAAUUUAUUUUAUCAUUAAUUUUCUAGAAAUAUAUUUUCCGUUGGUUCUUCAAUUUAACCCGUUCAUCAAAAAAUUUGAAAUAACCUAAAUAAAAUACGGCGUUUUAAAUUUUGUGUGAAAUUUCGGGUAUUCUAUGUAUUUCUAUACUUCUGUUCGAUAAACAAUAAGCCACAGAUAUUUAUUGUGUUUCUUUUAAUUUUUGUGUUAAACAUAUUAAGAGCGUAAAGCAACAGCAAUAUAAUACAAAAAUAGAUUUUGUGUAGAGGUAUCUCAAUUUCCUUUAAAAAAACAAUAAGACUGAAAUUUAGGUUUAUUAUAAUUUUGUGUUCGUUAGUUUAAUUUGGGCUGAAUAAUUUUUAUUUCGUGAUUUUUUUAGUUUUACUUUAUUCGCAAAAUUGGAGAUAUGAGAUCUUCUAAACAAACUGUAUUUCUGUUUGAUUUUUAAUUCUACAUGAACGGAAAGCAAGGUCAGACAUUUUUAAUUAUUUUAAGGUUUUUUACACUGCCAUUUUGUGAUAAUUGCCGAAUAUUUUCUAAAUUUCUUUUCUCAUUUAGGGCUAAA